AUGGACACCGCAAAUGGCACAAAAGCAAAUGGCACAAACGCCAAUGGCACAAGCUCCAAUGGCACAAGCUCCAAUAUCGAAUCAUCGACUUUUACGCCAUCCGGCUCAAAUCCAGCUCUAUUUACCAACGAGAAACACGAAAUAUUCAUGGGACCCUCCCCUCCUCUCAACCCACGUCCAACAGACUGCGUAGUCCGAAUGCGUUGCAAUGGCAUCUGCGGCUCCGACGUGCACUUUUGGCAUACAGGCCGUAUUGGGCCUCUCAAAGUCGAGAACGACCACUGUCUCGGCCACGAAGGAGCAGGCGAAGUCGUCUGGACCGGCUCCUCUGUUACACAUCUGAAGCCCGGAGAUCGCGUAGCCAUCGAGCCUGGUGUGCCUUGCUCCAACUGCUACCAAUGUUCAACUGGAAACUACAAUCUCUGCUCUGACGUGGCUUUCUCGGGAGUACCUCCUCACGCGGGCAGUAUCAGAAGAUGGCAUUCUCACCCCGCAGCUUACUUACAUAAACUACCCGACGCUCUUUCAUAUUCCGAUGGAGCUUUACUGGAACCUCUCAGUGUGGUCUUGCACGGCUUCGAACGUAGUCCCAUCAAACUCGGCGAAGCCACGGUCAUUUGCGGCGCAGGUCCCAUCGGAAUGUGCGCUCUCGCAGUCGCCAAAGCUUCCGGUGCCGCACCCAUUGUAGUGACAGAUCUGGAUGCGGGAAGAUUGAAACUCGCCGCAGAGUUCAUUCCAGGUUGUGUGCCGUUCCAAAUCGAUCCCAAGAAGUCUGCAGAGGAGACGGGCAAGGAGAUUGUGCAAGUUCUCGAGGAUGCCGGAGGAGAACAACCACGAGUCGUGUACGAAUGUACGGGUGUACAGUCGAGUGUAGUGACGGCAUGCUACAUGCCCCGAGCAGCAGGAGAAGUUAUGGUGAUUGGAGUGGGGAGACCGACGAUGAAUGAUUUGCCAUUUAUGCACAUUUCACUUGCAGAGAUUGAUCUCAAAUUCAUCAAUCGCUACCAUCACUCGUGGCCUGCUGCAAUUCGACUGUUGCAACACAAAGUCAUUAAUCUACAACCGCUCGUCACGCAUCGCUUUCGGCUCGAAGAAGCGGAUCAGGCGUUGGCUGCUUCGGCGGAUCGUAGCUCGGGAUCGGUGAAGAUUCAUAUUGAAGAUUAUGAUUGA